AUUCAGAGGGUGGGUUUCACCCCCAUGAGGGGGGAAGCACAUCCUAAUGGGUAAGAAUGGCCACAAAGAGUCCUCUUACCCUUGUGAUGAGACAUCCGUGAACAGCCUCCAUGAGGCCCUGGACCAGUGCAUGACUGCCCUGGAUCUGUUCCUCACCAACCAGUUCUCAGAAGCACUCAGCUACCUCAAGCCCAGAACCAAGGAGAGCAUGUACCACUCGCUGACAUAUGCCACCAUCCUGGAGAUGCAAGCCAUGAUGACCUUUGACCCACAGGAUAUCCUGCUUGCUGGCAACAUGAUGAAGGAGGCACAGUCACUGUGUCAGAGGCACCGAAAGAAGUCCUCUGUAACAGAUUCCUUCAGCAGUCUGGUGCACCGCACCACCAUGGACCAGUUUACAGAAGAGGAAAUCCACGCUGAGGUGUGCUACGCAGAGUGUCUGCUGCAAAGAGCUGCCCUGACCUUCCUACAGGAUGAGAACAUGGUGAGCUUCAUCAAGGGCGGCAUCAAAGUCCGAAACAGCUACCAGACCUAUAAGGAGCUGGACAGCCUGGUCCAGUCCUCACAGUACUGCAAGGGGGAGAGCCACAGGCACUUUGAAGGAGGGGUGAAGCUCGGCGUGGGAGCCUUCAACCUGACGCUAUCCAUGCUUCCUACCAGGAUCCUACGACUGCUGGAGUUCGUGGGGUUUUCAGGAAACAAGGACUAUGGGCUGCUGCAGUUGGAGGAGGGCGCUUCAGGACACAGCUUCCGUGCGGUGCUCUGCGUCAUGCUGCUGCUCUGCUACCACACUUUCCUCACCUUUGUGCUUGGCACCGGGAAUGUUAACAUUGAGGAAGCAGAGAAGCUCUUGAAGCCGUACCUGAAGCGCUACCCUAAGGGCGCCAUCUUCCUGUUCUUCGCAGGGCGGAUUGAAGCCAUUAAAGGCAACAUUGACACAGCCAUCCGGCGGUUCGAGGAGUGCUGUGAGGCCCAGCAGCACUGGAAGCAGUUCCAUCACAUGUGCUACUGGGAGCUGAUGUGGUGCUUCACUUACAAGAGCCAGUGGAAGAUGGCUUACUUCUACGCUGACCUUCUCAGCAAGGAGAACUCCUGGUCUAAGGCCACCUACAUCUACAUGAAGGCCGCCUACCUCAGCAUGUUUGGGAAGGAGGACCACAAACCAUUUGGGGAUGACGAAGUCGAGCUGUUUAGAGCUGUGCCAGGCCUGAAACUCAAGAUUGCUGGAAAGUCUCUCCCCACAGAGAAGUUUGCCAUCCGGAAAGCCAGACGCUACCUCUCCCCCAACCCUAUCUCAUUACCUGUCCCUGCUCUGGAAAUGAUGUAUAUCUGGAAUGGCUAUGCUGUAAUUGGGAAGCAGCGAGAACUCACAGAGGGGAUACUGGAGAUUAUCCGACAGGCCGAAGAGAUGCUGGAAAAGGGCCCAGAGAACGAGUACUCGGUGGACGACGAGUGCUUGGUGAAACUGCUGAAAGGCCUAUGUCUGAAAUACCUGGGCCGCGUCUAUGAGGCCGAGGAGAAUUUCAGGAGCAUUUCUGCCAAUGAAAAGAAGAUUAAAUAUGACCAUUAUUUGAUCCCAAAUGCCCUUUUGGAGCUGGCCCUACUGUUUAUGGAACAAGACAGACAUGAAGAGGCCAUCAAACUGUUGGAAACUGCCAAGCAAAACUACAAGAAUUACUCCAUGGAGUCUAGGACACAUUUUCGAAUCCAGGCAGCCAUGCUCCAAGCCAAGUCUUCUCUGGGAAAUGGCAGCAGAACCAUGAUCUCAUCAGUGUCCUUGUAGCUUUAUACACACUUCUGGGAUGGAAGAUGAACAAAUACAGCUGGACAGAGCUCCUCGAAACAUUUCAAAAGAUCUCUCUCCCUGCCCUGUCCUGCCUUUGGGGCCCACUGGUGCUCCCAUGGGAUGGCACGAUAUGGGUAACCAUGCAGAGGCAAAGCUGGCCAAGGGCCUUUGCCAAGGACAGGGCAAGGGGAGCCCUCUGCCUGCUCUGUCACACAUACGGGUACUUUUUGUUUUCCACUGUGAUGUUUAAGAGAAUGUAUGAACAGUGUACAUUUUCUUCAGAAAUACAUUAGUGGGAUCAUAGUUGGCUUUUUAAAAAGAACACCAAAAACAA